AAUUUAUUUGUUCUGCUGACAUGUACGGUUUCUUAUUCGUGUUUAUGCUGUGUGUCUAACCUCACUGAACCCGAGGAAAUCCUGUUGACAUUUGAUUGUCCAGGAAAUGAUUCACCCGUGAUAUCAAGUCCUGCCUUCUCACUCUGACUCGUUUUGUAUUGUUUAAAUCAGAUCUGAAAUGGCUGAUUUUGCAAAUAUGAAUGUGUCUACAGACAACGAAGUUUCUGUUUACGACACGCCUGAUACAACAUUGGUUAUUGAUGGAUCAUUCGACGACUCACUUAAUAUGAAUACAUCUCUGAUUCAGUCUGAGCAGGGCAUACCUCGUCCUAAAAAGCCAGUUAGUAUAAACUUAAACAGUUCUGCCGCUGUAUCUAUUGGUGAAACUUCCCCAUUGGGUAACACAUCCUUUUCAUCAACAAGAAGCCAGGGAACCUUAAGAGAUAGUCCUGAUGGUGCAAGUAGCUUAGCAGAUGGUGAAGACCUUGCAAGUGAUGUCACAGACAUUGGCUCUGAUUUGGAUACAAGUGUAAGCGAUAAACCACCAUCAGCAUAUGUGUCACCAGACAAAGCUGAACUGGAUAGUAAAGUCGUUCCAGGAGAGUCUGAGAGUCAGACUUGGAGCACCGUUUCUGAGAGAGAUGAGGAUUGGUAUGAUGAAUUGACUGGACAAACCUUCCCUCACACUGUUGCCCGACUUCCAUUACUAACACCUAAUGGUGCUGAAGUAUACCUUAUUGGUACAAUUCACUUCAGUUCCAAGAGUUGUGAUGAUGUCUCCCAGGUUAUUCAAGCUGUACGCCCCAAUAUUGUAUUUGUGGAACUUUGUGCAUCACGUUAUUUUUACCUAAAAUUAGAUGAAGCCACAUUAUUGGAAGAGACAAAGAAUUUAAAUUGGGGCAAAGUUAAGCAUCUUAUUCAAACUAAUGGCGUAUUGGGAGGCCUUCUUUUUGCCUUUCUUCACAGCACCUCUGCUCAGAUUGCUGAACAAGUCGGUACAGCCCCAGGCCUUGAAUUCAGGCGGGCAGCAACCGAGGCUGCCAAAGUUUCAGGUUGCAUUAUCCACUUAGGUGACAGACCCCUGGAGGUCACUUUGCGGCGAGUUAUUGCCUCUUUGUCAUGGUGGGACUUAAUAAAGUUGGUGUUUAGCUUGCUGACUGAUAAUCAAUCGAUUACUAAAGAAGACAUAGAGAAAAUGAAAAAUCAUGGCAUGCUUGAUGACCUCCUUGAUGAAAUAGCUGAAAAGCUACCCGCUGUAAGACAUGUCUUCCUGGAUGAGCGUGAUACAUACAUGGCCCACUCUCUGCAGCUGGCAGCAAUGCAACAGCAAAUUGAUGGAAGGAAUAAUCCUCUUCCUUGGCGGGUGGUAGGAGUUGUUGGUAUUGGUCACAUGAAAGGCAUAAUUGAAAAAUGGGGCAAAGUAUCAUCUCAAGAAGUGAUCCCCAUAUCAAUUGUUCCGAAACCAUCAAUAGCAACUCGUGUUUUGAGAUUCACUGUCUCUGCCUCAUUUUGGGGCUUGGUUAUCUAUGGCGUAACACGCAUUGGUCCUAUCCGGCGGAAUCUUCCCACUGUAAGUGGAGUAGUGGCUCUUGCAUCAUCAGCGACUAACUACAUUCGCCGCUAAUUUAGGUCUGAAUUGAUUCAUCUUUGAACUUGAUCAAGUGGAGCCUCUUCUCCUGUAACAACUCAAAACUCCAUAGAAGUUCACUCCUCAUUUUAUCUUGACUUUUGUGAUUUUUUUUUAAGUUAAGAUGUUUUAAGAAAAUUGUCCCUUUUUUCCUAUUGUUUUACUGUCUUCAUUUGUUGCUGUUAGCCGUCUUUAUAAUUUAGUAGAUCCUUAUUCACUCUCUUAAUUAACUGAUAAAUUGUUUCAAGUGCCAAAUGUGAUAAGUGUAUUGGCAACAUUCCUGUGCCCCUCCUUUGAUGUGUUCAUAAUG